UAACACAACACAACAAAAAAAAACCCCCUCUUUUAUAAUACACACAACACAACAUAAACAUCGAAUCCUCUCUCUCUCUCUCUCUCUCUCUCUCUCUUUCCUUUCCCUUCCCUUUUCCUUUUCUACUUUUCUUCUCUCCUCCCUUGAACCAUCUGGUCAUGGCUCUUCCUUCUUUUAAUGUUUUUGGGUACUGCAUUACAAUAUGUGUACUACUUUUGGUACAAAUCCACACAGCUUCAUCUGUUUUACUAGCUGGUUUGAGGAACCACCAUACCACACCCCACCAUAGAAGACCAAUGCUCCAAGCCAAUCAAACAACAUGUGCUCUGUUCAUGGGCAGUUGGGUUCGUGAUGACACUUACCCAAUCUACCAAUCCUCUGAAUGUCCAAUCAUCGACGCCGAAUUCAACUGCCAAAUGUACGGUCGACCCGACUCCGAUUACCUCAAAUAUCGUUGGAGACCGGCCAAUUGUGAGCUCCCCAGGUUCAAUGGGCUUGAUUUUCUGACGAGAAUGCGAGGGAAGACUGUGAUGUUUGUGGGUGAUUCGCUGGGGAGGAACCAAUGGGAGUCGUUGAUUUGUAUGAUUUCAGCUGGGGUGUCACGAACGGCGACGCAGAUGAUCAGGGGAGAUCCUCUCUCGACCUUCAAGUACUUGGAGUACGGUGUGGCGGUGUCGUUUUACAGAGCACCUUAUUUGGUGGACAUUGAUUCAAUGCAAGGGAAGAGAGUUCUGAGAUUGGAUGAGAUAUCUGGGAACGCGAACGCGUGGCGGAAUGUGGAUUUGCUGUUAUUUAACACCGGUCACUGGUGGACUCACAAAGGAUCUCUCCAAGGGUGGGACUAUAUUGAAUAUGGAGGGUCACUGUAUCAAGACAUGAAUCGUUUGGACGCUCUUGACAGAGGGCUCAGAACUUGGGCUAAAUGGGUUGACAAAAACGUUGACAGAACUCGAACCAAACUGCUCUUCCAGUCCAUCUCACCAACGCACUACAACCCAACGGAUUGGAGUUCCGGGACCAUAACAACAGCUAAAAGCUGCUAUGGAGAGACAGCACCGAUGAGCGGCAUAAACUACCCGGGGGCAUACCCGGACCAGAUGAAGGUGGUUGAGGGCGUGCUAAGGGACAUGGACAACCCGGCCUAUCUGCUGGACAUAACAAUGUUGUCGGCGAUGAGAAAAGAUGCACAUCCGUCCAUCUACAGCGGUGACCUGAGCCCGGAACAGAGAGCUAAUCCUGACCAUUCUGCUGAUUGUAGCCAUUGGUGCCUUCCUGGCUUGCCUGAUACUUGGAACCAGCUCUUGUAUACUGCUUUGUUCUUCUAAUUAACAAAGCUUCAUUUUUAGUGUGUUAACUGUGUUUUUAAUUUCUAGUUACCAUUUUAUAAUUCUAUAGUGGUUAUUAAUUGGUACCAACAUCAUAGGAGGAAGGAGAGGGUGAAAAUUGCACCUUUAGAUCUCUCCAUAUAUAUUGUAUAUUAGUGCAAUUUGGGAUGUGUAUUGUUUGUGAUGAGAAAUAAGUAAUAUUUUCUUGUCAAGUUUAUAAA